AAUAUACUGCACAGCGGCUGUCAUUAUAGGGGAAAAGUACUGGGUUCUGCAUAGCAACCUUCCCUUAACGACAGCCAAGAACAGUCAAGGGGCCAUAUUGACAGUGUUUGGUCGUGUCGUGCGAACUUUUAUUAUUUCAACCGCAGUCUUUCGAGAAAAAAGCCCUUUUCCGCCAUGUAUGACGACGACGACGAACUAGAAGGGCCAAAGAGUUCUUUUACGACUUACCUUUCUGAAGGAAAUGUGCAUUUUAACCAGGGCGAAUACAAGAAGGCUCUGGAUAGUUACACUCAGGCUCUGGAGCUACAACCAGGUUACAAAGUGUGUCUUGUUCAGCGAUCAAAGUGUUACUUGAGAUUAGGCAAUGCUGACGCUGCUCUGAGAGAUGCAGAAGAAUCACUUGUAGAAGAUAAAGAAUAUAACAAGGGCCUUUACCAGAAAGCAGAAGCACUUUACUCCAAGGGAGAGUUUGAGUAUGCUCUCUUGUAUUAUCACCGCGGAUAUAAGCUGAGACAAGACCAGGAAGAGUUCAAACUUGGCAUGCAGAAAGCUCAAGAGGCCAUUGAUAAUGCCAUUGGAAGUAAAGCCAGGGUUAAAUUGGAAAACAAAGGAGAUUUGUCAUUUUUUGCCAAACAAGAUGAAGCUAAAAAGACAACUAAAGGGUACAGCAAACCAACCGCUCUGGCAGCAAGAAAUCAACCACAGGCAGCAAACCGGGGAAAAAAUACCAAAAGUCCUGUUAAAUCAGAAAAAACGGUCAAGAAACUGUUAGGUGAAUUAUACGCAGACAAGAAGUACCUUGAGAAACUCAUGGGCGAUCAAGAUUUUAUUCAUGGAAACAGCAGCAAACCAAUUUACGAUCUAGUCCAAGAUGGCUUGAGUUAUUUAGACACAAGAAUUGAAUUCUGGAGACAACAAGAGCCACUCUAUGCUCGCAAGAACAAGAAACUUCCUCCAAGGAAACCACCGCAGAGACAACUCUCUGCCGACACAACAAAAUUCAUCUUAAGAUCUUUGGAGGAAAUAGACCAGGCUUUGGCAGAGGGCGAUCCCGAGACAAGUUUAAAUAAAGCGCAGUCAACUUUAAAAACAGUGCAGUCACUAGGAGCAGAGAGUGUCCCAAACAAGGCUGAGGUUGUGGGUAAUCUGUACUCUUGUAUUGGAAAUGCUCACCUUGAGUUGGAUAAUUAUGAAGAAGCUUUAAAGUUCCAUGAAAAAGAUCUGAAGGCUGCAAAAAAACUGGAGAACAAAGAAGCUAAAUCAAGAGCACUGGACAACCUUGGAAGACUGUAUGCUAAGAUGGGAGAAUACACCAAAGCUAUUGAUGCUUGGAUGGAGAAACUACCACUCAGUAAAUCUGUUUUAGAAAGCACAUGGCUUUAUCAUGAAAUUGGCAGGUGUCAUUUAGAGCUUAAAUACUACCAGGAUGCUAAGGAGUUUGGUCAAAAAUCAUUGGCUGCCGCAGAGCAGGCAGAUGAUAAGGUGUGGCAGCUUAAUGCUACAGUUCUUGAAGCUCAAGCUGAAGUGAAACUUGGUGAUCUCCAAGAUGCCCUGCAAUCUUUUGAAAAAGCUUUAGAACUGGCAAAGAUAUUGGAGGAUGAUGCAGCUGAAAAUGCCAUAUCCAAAGCCAUUAAUGAUGUUAAUGACAGAAUUGCACAAGGAGUCAAAUCUGGAGAAGAAAAUGCUGCUGAUGAACAAGAAGGUGCAGAGGACAGCAGAGAACCAGCAGAUGGAGAAAACAAGGAAACUGAGGCAGUUAAACAAACAGAGGAGGAACAAGUGGAAGAAGACUCAGUCAAAGAAACCCAAGAGGAGGCCAAGGAGGAUGAAGCUGCAGAAGAAAGUGCAAAAAAGGCUGCAGAACAAGAACCAGAUGAGGUGAAUGAUACUACAAAAGAUGCUGAACAACCUGCCAAAGAUGGUGUGAAGGAGCAGUAAAUGUGUCAAAUUUGUCCAUCAAACUCUGUAUAUGUUGAGGUAUUAGGGCCUCUCUAAAGAAAUUCAACAUUCUGCUAACAAUGGGUAACUCUUUGUUAACUCAAAGUGUUAAAAAAAAGGUCUGUUAAUCUUGUUGGAUGUUAUUUUACAUCAAGUUUUAUUGUUAUUUUAAUAAUGGCUGUUGUCAGUGGUGCAGCUGUACUUUAAGUUUGAUCAAUGUACAUGGAACAGUUUGAUUGCAAGGAACAUUCAGUCAGAGGAAGUGCAUAAUUGAAAUAUUUUGUUACUCUGGACAAGAUGAUGUAAAUUGAAGUUGCAAGGGUAAUAAAGGUUGACAAGAAAGUGAACAGUGUUAAAGUGCAACUUCAAUUAUUCAUGAAUGGCUGGAUGGUAAGAAAGUCCUCUCCUUAUAUAAAGAAAUGACCCACCUGGAAAAGUACUAUUAUAAUUUCUCUUCGUAUUUAUUACACGGGUUAAUAGUACUUUUUGCAUGUGCCGAUUGGGUAGUUCAGAAGUAAUUAGAAAGUAAUAAUUAACCUCCAAGCAGCCAAGGAGACAAAAUUGCACUUCAAGAGCUUAGGUAUACCUGUGUGGUAUAUACUAAUAAAAACAAUUAUUCACGUCAGUGUUAGUGAAAGUUUUGAAUAUUAACCUCAAUGCUUUGGGACUUGGUAAUUAUCCACUUCUAUUCAACCUAACUUUGGUUAAUAAUUGUUAAUCAUGUUCAGUGAUUAAAUAAUGAACAUCGUUUCCACCAACUUUGA